AUGGAGGUGAGAGGCGGAGACACUUGCCCGGGCCCUCGCCCCCCAGGCCUGAGGGAGGGACUUGAGCCCAAGGUAGCGUUCCGUGGAGGUGCGAAUCGCUGCUGGAACCUCGGUGCGGACCCCAGCAGUAGACUAACGGAUGUGUUCAACAGCGUGAUGCUGACUGGCUCCACUUCCUUCUAUGAUUGCUACAGAUCGCAGAGUGAAGACAGUGUUGACCUACGGCAGACCUGUACUCCACUUGCUUCAUCAACAGAAUAUUCAAGUUCUGUAGAUUCUUCACUUUUCUAUACACCAUGGUCUACUUAUGGAGAUGAUAUUAAACAGCCUUCUAAUUCUCAGAUCAAUGUAAAGAACAGGAUUCAAACGGAAAGAAAUGACUAUGGCAGUGAAACAGACUUAUAUGGACUUGUGUCUAAUAUUUUGGAAGAACAAGAUAAGUCACAGCCAUAUUUUGCUGAGGGGACCUGCUCCUCCAAUUUAAAGUCAGUUUGGCCAAUGAACACAAGCAGAUUUGCAGAUCACCAUGACCUCUUAACAGAAACCAAAAGGCCAAUAGAUACAGCCAUCUCUCAGCAAGCUUUUUAUAGUGGUGAAUCUGUGUCAGCAGUGGAAAAGCAAUACCUGCAUAAUAGUAAUCUAACACCACAACAAAAAAUAGAUGAACUUUAUCAUGGAUUUACUGGUUUAGACCUUGAAGAACAAUGGAUGUACCCCUCACGAAGUGAUCAUUCUAACUGUUACAAUAUCCAGACAAAUGAUACAGCUAAGACAACAUUCCAAGAUUAUCCAUUUAUCAAAAACUGUUUUACAUCACAAACUGGUCUGUCUGACAUCAUGAAAGAAUCAGGAGUUGAUACUUACCCUUAUGGAAGAGAGAAAAUAUGUACUAAAGGUCUUGAAGCACCAUUACAGCAGAAAAGGGCAGAGAUGUUUCUUUCUCAAUUUAAUAGAUACAAUGAAAAUGCAGAUUAUUGUAGAUACCCAGAAUAUGUUCAUCCUAAUAAGGCUAAGCUUAAUAAGUGUUCGAAUUUUAGUGUCCAAGAUAGUAAAAAAUUAGCCAAUGGCACACCUGAAACACCAACUUUAGAAGCAGACACCUACACAAAGUUAUUUCAGGUUAAACCAGCAAAUCAGAAAAAAAUGGAGGAGACAAUACCUGAACAGCAGAAUUUCACAUUUCCAAAAACCACACCACAUCUAACAGAAAAGCAGUUUGCAAAGGAAGCAGCAUUCACUGCUGAUUUUGGCUUAAAAUCAGAAUUUGGACUAAAACCUCACACAGCUUGUCCACCUAAUAAUGAUUUUGCUAAUGUCACAGAAAAACAGUUUACUAAACCUGACCCCCCAAAUUCUGAGUAUUUUAAAUCUGUGAAUUUAUUAUCAAACUCAGCAACAUCUUCAGGUAUCAACUUAAGCAGACCAACUUGGAUGAAUGUCCAAACAAAAAACAACACUCUUAUUCCUUAUCGGAAUCAAGGUAACUUGAUGAGAUUAAAUAGUCACUUAAGUGUAGCUUCAAAAGGUUCUAACCAUUCUUCAGAUUUCCCCCAACUGUCAUCCACAAAUUUAACCCCAAAUAGCAGUUUAUUUCAGAAGUAUUGCCAAGAAAACCCUUCAGCAUUUUCUAGUUUUGAUUUCAGUUACAAUGGUGCAGAAAGAAUUCAAUCUGUCAAUCACAUGGAAGGACUGACAAAGACUGGAGAAGAAAAUCUCUUUGAAUCAGUUACUGAUAAAAAAAUAAAGCAACCAAAUGGAUUUUGUGAUAACUAUUCAGCUCAGCAGUAUGGGAUCAUUGAAAAUGUAAACAAACAUAAUUUUCAAGCUAAGCCUCAGAGUGGACAUUAUGAUCCUGAGGAAGGUCCAAAGCACUUAGAUGGCUUAUCUCAAAAUACGUAUCAAGAUCUGUUGGAGUCACAGGGUCAUUUUAAUAGCCACAGACAGGGAAGUGGAGACAACAAUAUUAAUAGCCGUGUGAAUCGUGCACAGGCGUCAUGCUUUUCUAAUAAUUAUAUGAUGGGAGAUUUAAGGCAUAAUCAGAGUUUUCAACCACUUGGUACAAAUGGGUUUCCCCUAAGAUCCACUCACCCAUUUGGCCAUUCAGUUGUUCCACUGUUGGAUUCUUAUGAUUUGUUUUCUUAUGAUGACUUAAGCCAUUUAUACCCUUAUUUUAAUGAUAUGAUGUAUGGUGAUAAUUCCUUUUCUGGUUUCGUGCCAACUUUUGGAUUUCAAAGACCAAUUAAAACCCGUAGUGGACCAGCCAGUGAACUUCAUAUUCGACUAGAAGAGUGCUAUGAACAAUGGAGAGCAUUAGAAAAGGAGAGAAAAAAGACUGAAUUGGCCCUGGCCAAGAUUUACCCAGGAAAAAAAGUAUCCAGUACUAACAACACACCAAUUCCAAGGCUGACCUCCAACCCAUCUCGAGUUGAUCGCUUAAUUGUGGAUGAACUUCGGGAACAAGCCAGAGUUGUGACUCUACUAGGCAAAAUGGAACGUCUUCGAAGCUCUCCCCUUCAUGCCAAUAUCUCUACUGCUCUUGAUAGACACUUGGAGUCCAUUCACAUUGUACAGUCACGUAGAAAGGAUGAAAUUGUUAAUGCUUCAAAUCGGCAAAGGCAAGGAGUUCCUAGAUGCCAAGAUGACAGAGAUGUUUUUGCCCUUGCUUCAGCAAUUAAAGAGAUGUGUGUGGCUACUCGGAAAGCACGCACUACCCUGUGGUGUGCACUGCAGAUGACCUUGCCAAAAACAGCCAGUACAGCUGGCCAAACAGAUGUGGAAAAGGCUUUACAAGAUAUAGUAAACUGUGAAGAUAAAGUCCAUGAAAACAUAAAUAGUAGCAAUCCAUUGAACCAGAGAGGUGAAGCAAACAAACAUUAAGGAGAUGCCAGCAUAAAGAAGAAUAAAAAGCUGAUAAGUAAAUGUAUCAAGACAUGCUAAAAAAUUUUAAUGAACUUGUCAAACUUGAAAAUUUCAAUACAUUAAUUUUCUUUCAGAUUUAAAGUUAAUACCUUAAUGAAGUCUAACUUCUAUUUAAAAAUCUUCUAUUUGGAAUGAAUCAGAUAUAGUUUAAAGUGAACUCAAAGGGAAAGUUGACUACUCUAGGAGUUCCGAGUAGCCAAAAAUAACAAGUAAAUAUUUCCUAACAGCUAAAAUAUUGCUUAAGCCCAUUCUGCAGUGCAGGUAAAUGCGAAUGUGAAAUUGUUCUAGAAGAUAAGUUUCAUUUAGGUCUGCCUUAGUAAGUAUAAUUCCAAAUAAUGAAUCUAAGUGACUGUAACCCAAUUAUGGCUACAGUCUAGUAACCAAGACAAGUUUUGAUUGUGAUAUAAAAGUGUUUUCCUUACAAAACUGGAUAAUACCUAGGAAACAAAGGAAAACAAGGAUGAACCCAAUAUUCAUGUAAAAAUUUAAUAUUUAAAAUACU